AUGUCUUGCUACCGACACGUCUGGCGCAGCGCGCCGGCAGUCGCGCUUUCAGAUGUGCAGCGCUGGGGGCGUAGGAACAACGUGCAUAAACUCACGCUGCUUGUGCAGACCUACGAGAAGCCCUGCGUCAAGCGGACGCGUAUCGCGGAGGAAAAGGCCUACUACCCGCGCUGGUUUUACCUCCGCUACUGCGCGGAAGUCAUCAAAUACUCUCUGAAGCACCACCUCCGUCUCGGCGCGCCCCUGGAUCCCAAAGAUGAUCAGCGACUCGACUGCAUUCAGCCGCUGCAGAUGCCAACUGCCGAGGAGCGACGCAGCGAACUCGCGCGCCUUGAGGAAGAACUCACGAGUCUACACAAACAAAUCCUCGAAAUGGACGCCUUCAGCGUGAUCACAGGCGCAAAGAAGUCGCUGGCGACCAGCGAUCCGCUGCACGUCACGGCGGCAGACAUCCUGGAGGAGGUUGAGAGGAGGCAGGGGAGGUUGCUGUCGCUGUCGGCCUUCGUGCGGAGGUACUACCGGCCGCAGAGCGCCGCGAGUCGCUCGUGGACGCUGAGUGAACUCCGCGUUCUGCAUCUGCGACUCGAGCGUCUUGUGGUGCUCGUCUUGGAGGUUCAGUCCCUGCGCGAUCUCCUGGCCCUGGAAGACGGCAAAUGCGCGAAAUGGGGGAAAGGCUUGAAGGAGGAAGAACUCGUGAAGCUUUUCGACACGAAGCGAAUCGAUCUCACGUCACCCUAA